AUGUUUUCUUGUUUAUGUUACGGUGUCGAAAAUGAGUUACUAUCCAUCUAUCUAACUGACUAUGUUCACAUCUAUCUAUCUAUCUAUCUAUCUAUCUAUCUCAGCCUGUUUUAUCUAUCUAUCUAUCGAUCGAUCUAUCUCAGUCCUUUUUAUAUUUAUCUAUCUAUCUCAGACCUUUUUUAUAUCUAUCUAUCUAUAUCUAUCUAUCUCAGUCCUUUUCAUAUCUAUCUAUCUAUCUACCUCAUCCAUUUUAUAUCUAUCUAUCUAUCUAUCUAUCUAUCUAUCUAUCUAUCUAUCUAUUUCAGUCCAUUUUAUAUCUAUCUAUCUAUCUAUCUAUCUAUCUAUCUAUCUAUCUAUCUAUCUCAGCCCUUUUUUAUAUCUAUCAAUCUAUCUCAGUCCUUUUUAUAUCUGUCUAUCUAUCUAAGCUUGUUUAUAUCUAUCUCAGUCCUUUAUAUCUAUCUAUCUAUCUAUCUAUCUAUCUAUCUAUCUCAAUCCUUUUUAUAUCUAUCUAUCUAUCUAUCUAUCUAUCUAUCUAUCUAUCUCAGUCCUUUUUAUAUCUAUCUAUCUAUCUAUCUAUCUAUCUAUCUGUUUCGUUUGUAA